AUGGCGGCGGCAGCGCUACGCUGCUGGAGGCCGGCUCUGUGCUGGCGGCUGCCGGACGCGGUGGUGAGGGGCCGGUCGGCGCUGUCCGUGCUCGGCUGCCGCCCGCUGUCCCGGCUGUCGCCGGGCAGCGGCCCGCGGACGGGCGCGCAGAGGAAGCAGCUGGUGUCGUGGCGGUCGCUGGCGGCCACCUUUGUGCUGUGCGGCGGGCUGCUGGCCGCCAUGAAGAAGGUGAAGCGGCGGAAGGAGGAGGAGCUGGAGAAGGAACGAAACCGAGGCAUUGGGAAACCGCUGCUAGGAGGACCCUUCUCACUCAUCAACCAUGAGGGACAGCCCAAGACCAGUAAGGACUACAUCGGCCAGUGGGUGCUGAUCUACUUUGGCUUCACACACUGCCCUGACAUCUGUCCUGAUGAACUGGAGAAAAUGAUUGAAGUGGUAGAUGAAAUUGACAGAAUUCCAACUUUGCCUAAUCUGACCCCACUCUUCAUCACCAUUGAUCCUGAGAGGGACAACGAAGAAGCCAUUGCCAGAUAUGUUAAAGAAUUUUCUCCGAAGCUGAUCGGAUUGACUGGUACCAAGGCACAGAUUGACCAAGUGGCCAAAGCUUACCGUGUGUAUUACAGCGAAGGUCCCAAAGAUGAAGACGAUGAUUACAUAGUGGAUCACACAAUAAUAAUGUACCUCCUUGGGCCAGAUGGUGACUUCGUGGACUAUUAUGGCCAGAAUAAGAGGAGCACUGAGAUUUCUGCUUCUGUUGCUGCACACAUGAGAAAAUACAGAUCCUAAAACACAAGGUCUUCAAAGAUUGAUGUGAACAUCACCUGUAGGUUUGGCUGUAAUUGGGCAUUGGAGUUAAAGCAGAAGCAUACAAGUGUAACAUCCUGUCACCACAUGCCUCCUUUCUUCCAGACAAGAAACGCAUCCAUACUUCUGCAAAAUACCAUUAUCAAAAUUCUCUAUAGAGCGUUCCCCAUGGAUAUUAUUUGCAGCAAGAUCUAGGCUACAGAAUGAAAUUUGGGACUUCUGUGAAACUUUGUUGGGAGCAAAAAAUGGAAGACACUUUGUCUGUGAAGAACGUGUGUCACUGGUAAAAUUAAUUGGUAACUCUUGGCAAGACAUCAGUGGAUGAUUACUUGAUGAAAAGCCAUGUGGGCCAUGGCAUUCUCAGAGGACCCCUGCCCUCUUUUCUUUUUUUCUGCACUGUUUUGCCUUCUGGGAGAGGCAGUUACAAUAUUAUAAGCAGGAGAGCCUUAGGAGGACUACUGUGUCAAGGUUAAGAAGGUGAAGAGCACUGAAAGCAUUAGCAGCUUCCAUGCAUGGGACCAGCCCUGUAGUGUGCCUUAUCUCUUCUUCAUUUGAAUGCAGAAAUGAAAUGUUUUUUUCUUGGUGAUUUUUCCAGGUUAACACUGUUAACUUACAAGGAAGCAAGUAAUGGGUUGCAAAUAAGAUUUUUCUUCUGGUCUAAAUGAUUUUAUGCAUAGUCAGCCUGAUUGUGCUAUGCUGAAUAGUGAAGUGGGGAGGGUGAAGGGGGUCUGUGUCCAUGUAUAGGGCUGUCAAUCAGAUAAAUUUUAUGCAGUGCAGCAUUUGAAAAUAAAGAUUGCUUUUUAUAAGCAAUAUUUUUUUUUUCAUUAGUUAGGUUUGACUAGAAUAUCAACAGAACUUUGUAUACCGGUCAACCUUCAUAUUCUUGCUCUGUUUUAUCUCUUUUUAGAAAGUAGUGUUUAUCUGUAGUAGUGCAAACCAUAAGCUGAAUGUGCUUUUUUAAGGUAGCAGAGAAUGGCCCACAGGAGACAAAACAGAAAAGUUCUUGGUGCAAGUCCCAGAGUGUUUCAAACUGAACACAAGUGUUCCUUCUGGUAGCACUGGUAUUACUCUGAGUGUGGGGGUAGGAAGAGAACGUUCCUGUCGGAGGGAAGGUGCAAUAUUUAUGGUAAAUUUCCAUGUUUCCAAAAUUCUGAAAAACGGUAAACUUAACCUGUUCCAGGGCAGUUAUAAAACAUGAUAAAGUAGUGUAGGUCCACAUCAGCUGCCCUCUGCUAUGAUGACCUCCUGAGGGUAGCGGGAAGGUAACUGUGAUAGAGUAUGUCUAUGGCUGCACUUUUGUGAUAAAGCUCUGUCAAGGAAGGAAGAUUCCUGAGGUUCCAAGUUACUUCCCCCCCCCCCCCCCCCCCCCAAAUGCUAGAUAGUUUAAAGAAGCUUUUUAUUUCUGUUUUAAAGGAUCAGCAAGGAUUUUUCUGUAUCAUUUUACAGUGGGAGUUUUAAAAAGUGUCUUAGUAGAAUUAAACUCAACAGCUGAAAAGGAAGUUAGUUUUUUUCCUCCUUGUGCUGGCUGGCUUUAUUGCAGUAGGCAAUAGGAGUGACUUCCAAAGGAAGUUUCACACUUUAAGUCUUCUAUCAAUUAGAGGCUGUGUCAAAUCCAAGGUGUUAUCAAUGAUGUUAGUGUUUGUGAUAAGUGGCACUGGCAAUAAUUUUAUUUUCAUGUAGUGGUUGCAAGUGUCAACAUUGUUUCUCAAGAGUGUUUCCUUGCUUUUUCUUUUUUCCCCACAAUCCUGGAGGUAAUUUCUAUUCAAAACUUCCCUUACAGAGCUGACUUUUGGCACCUACUAGCUCUGCAUUUCUUUGUCCAGGUGGUUUUGCACCAGUUCGUUUUGAAACAAGACAGUCCAUGGCAUGACCUGCUGGUUAUAGUCCUGCGGGAAGCAGGGCUGGAGACCUCUGGAGCUCCCUUCCAACCAGCACUUCUGUGUUUCUAUGAAAUUUGCCUUGUUGAGACUUUACUCACUCAGUGCUCUGAGCCUCCCUGCUCUGGAUGAGUGUGUCUGUUUCCUUUUUUCAUUAUGACCUUUACCAGGGAAAAUCACCUCCUUUUUGAACUUCUGAUGCAGUUGUUUUGAGGAUGACUUGUGCAAUACAGGAUACAGAAGGUGGUAGAUUAUAUUUAUCCACUCUUGUGAGAAAAGCAACAUCGAAGUACCACCUGCUUAUGGGUCUCAGUGGCCCAACAUUCUGGCCAUUCAGUAGGGUCAAUCUGUAGUGGACAAGUGCAUAUUAACUGCUAAUGAACAGAACCAGCAGUGAGUACUGCUAGUGGAGACAGUGUUUAGAAGUGCAGGCCUGUGCAGCUUUUUCUAAUGCCCUCUCAUGUGCUGUAAGUCCCCAGGCUGUUCUUUACCGUACUUGCAUUGGAGAAAUACUUUUUUUUCCUUUUUGAACAAGUCAGAAAUAAUCUGAAUAUUUUCCCUGUGGGCUGGGGGAGAGGAAUUUUCCUGCCUGUCACGCUGCUGCUUUUGUAUAAAGAGUCCAUUCCUCUCUGUUCUGCGUUUCUUGAAAAUAGUGAUGUAGAAGACCUGGUGGGAAUGUGACUAAGAAAUGGAGCAGCUGAUCCAGGAGGAUACUUUGCCUCUUUAAAGUCUAUUUGUGCUUCUCUUGAUUACUCCCAAGCGCCUAUGAUACCCUGUGGAGAAAAGAUGAAUUUUAAUACUGUACUUUGAAUCUUUAGGGACUGAAAGUCUCAUAAUACAGAUUUUUUAGCCAUAUCAGUCUUCCAAAAGGAAUGGGAAAGAGGCAGUAUUUCAAAGCUAAAAAUGCAGCAGGUUGAUCGUGGGGCUAAGGGAGAGAGAAGGUGUAUAUAUUUAAAACUCAUUUUACUUAACUGACCACUAAGUAGAGGAGUAGUUUGAGUUUGGUGUAUGUGGUAGCCUCUGCCAGGAACAGGGCUUGGCCUGGGGACCUAUCUCUUCUGGCAGUGUGGGGCAUCUCUGUCAGCAGCAGUCAUCGAAAUGCCAGGAUUGCAUAUCGUGCUAUGUGGGGGCUUCUCCCUGUCAUACUGGUGUGCACCCUCCUGGGACUGAGACCUCCCUUUGUGUUUGGGGUCUUUUAUUGCCCCUGCAUUUUUACCAGGGGAGCAUGUGUUAAAAGCGUGGCAGUUUCCUUGAGUUUUCCCCUAAAUCACUGUGCUGGUGGUGUUUUGCAUAUAGUGGAAGCAUAGAAGGGGCAUGUGCGUGCUCCGCAGCAGGGGGUGGUUUAAAGAGAGUGGGUUUAACUGAUGUGAAGGAGAUGCUUGUGCAAAAAUAUCAUGAGAAAGGCUAGGCAGAUGGGUUGCUUGGCACAGUGAUCUUCAGUAGGUUCUGGUCAGUUGUUACUGGCAGCAGGAAAGAAAAGUGAAAAAUUGACUCCUGUUCCUGAAGGAUUGCUGUAUAAUGGUAGAUUGCCUACUGCUCACCUCUCAUAUCUGUGCAACAAAAACUGGCUCUGUAGUGAAGUCAGUCAUAUCACAAGAUGCUCCCUUUUUUCCACCGUGUGACUCCACAUUACAUCUCUCAUGCAUUUUUACAUACGUUGUAUACUUGUUCUCUGGACAAAACUGAUUUUCCUGGUUGACACUUA